AUGUCAAACCAAAGAAAAGUCUAUUUCUUCGCACCUACUUGGGACUACGCUCCUGAUGGCGGACCGAUUCAGCUCGGGAACAUCGUCACCUCGCCCAAGAAGCCAGCCGACCCGCUCAACACCCAUUUCCAUUCCAAACCUCCCGACAAAUCUCUCUUCCCACCAACUCAGAAGUACAACUUUACAUGGAGCAAGGAGAGACAUCAGUCCGGCAAAUUCGGCAUCUGGUCCAAUUUUCUCGACUUCAUCAGCCUCAAAUUCGGCAUUAGCCGAGAAACUAGCGGCGGAGGCUUCUAUCAAUUCGAACGCAUCGAAACAAGGGAGUUCAUGCCCACGGUCGAGUAUUUGCGAGAGCAACUAGCCUCACCGAUGGUCGCUCGAUAUCUGGAAACUGGGGAACCCGUCUACAUGAUUACAGCUGUCAAGGCCGUAUAUGGUGCGAAGGCGAAGGAGACUAUUGCCAAGAAGAUUGCAGUUUCAGCGGAGUUCAAGGCACCUAUCGGUGGGGCUAGAUCUGGUGCUUCCGGAUCCGUCGGACCGGGGUUCGAAGCAAAAGUUGCAUUCGACGGCUCUUCUCCAUUCGUGUUUGCGUUCCGUCUGAGGAAGGUCAUCCUGCGCAGAAAAAAAGACAUUUCAGUCGAGGAGCACACGAAAAAAACCAUGUUCGGUCUAGCUGAGCCUCAAGUUGCAGAUUUCAUGCCUUUCUGUGUGGAAGGGGUUGCCAAUUCCGAUGCAACCGCUGAUGCAUUCGACUUGGACGAUGGAAAAGAGGCCAUUGACGACGAGAAUGAACAAUGUAUCUGCGUGGUCCCCUCGAGGGUGGGCAGAACGGUCCCACGGUUUCCAUCAAAAGAAAAAGAGCGAUAUUCGGAGAUCGUCUUUCCGAUCGAGACAAUCGAGCAGGUUCUAGAGCAUCAACAUUUUGGGAGGCUGCGAAGGCUCUUAACGCACAACUUCAGGCGCAGCAAAGACGAGCGGCUGGAGCCCUGGCAGUACUUCGACAUGAUAGGUGGAACGAGCACUGGAGGUAUCAUAGCUCUUAUGCUUGGCCGCCUAAAGAUGAGCCUCGAAGAAUGCGAAAGAGCCUAUCUCGAUCUCAGCAGAGAAAUCUUUACACCGAGAAAACAAAGCUAUCCAUUCAUAGGGCGGGGAGUCGAUCUUGUCAAUGCGUACGGGAAGUUCGACGCCAAAGUUCUCGAAAAUGCUAUCAAGAAAAUCAUUGAGGCUCGGUCUACAUCACCUGAAGUGGAGCUUCUGAGCAAUCCUGAGCCCGAAUGCAAAGUAUUUGUUUGUGCGAUACAAAGCAGCCAACACGAUACAACUCCGGCUCUUCUGCGAACCUACAAAAAUGACUCAGUAGCGGACUUGAUUUCGAAGAAAUUCAAGCUAUGGGAGGCGUGCCGUGCAACGUCGGCUGCAUCUACUUUCUUUGACCCAUUGGUAAUUCAUGAUGGGCCGAUAUCUUCGUACUUCCUCGACGGCGGGUUGAUGCUCAACAAUCCAGUCAACACUGUCUUCAAAGAAGCGCAAGAAGUCUGGGGCCGCGAGCGCCGUAUGUCUCUCAUCAGUGUUGGCGCAGGAGACGCGCCAUCCGGACAAUUCCAUGGAAACAUCAAAAAUGUCGUACAGGGACUAGCCAAGAUCGCCACCGACUCCAGAACUACUGCCGAGCAGUUCUACAGCACGCAGCUGGGCCAUCCUCAACUGGCCGGAAAUUACUUCAGGCUUAACGUCUCUGGAAUGGCUACGAUUGGCCUCGAGGAGCAUAAGUUGUGUGGCGAGAUUGAACACGCAACUCAGUAUUACCUGCAAAGCGGGGAGACCAAGACGAAAUUGGAACAAUGUAUCAAGGAGCUGCUGGAACCCGAGAGGCAAGGUACACUUACUCCACAAUUCCCGUUCCCUGACUUUCCGGAAGUUCCAAAGGGUAAUCUUCUGUCCAAAGCUGAGGGUUUCUAA